AGGAGGCUGAGAGGAUACGCUUCAGCAUCACUGAGGUCCAACAACUGACACCAUUUUAGCAUAUUCAAUCGUCAUGUUUACUGUUAACGUUGCAAUUGUUUGAUACAUCUUGUCGACCAGCCACGUAGACUGCUUUCGGACGCCGAUGGAGAACAUGGGAGAGAUGUGUAUGUUCUCACGAGGCAGCAGUCGACGCUUGCAUUACGCACUGCGAUUUAAAUAGCGCAUCAUCCCGUGGAACGUGUGGCGUUUACGCCAAUCCUGAUCACGACUUUGAAGUCACAGGCCAGCACCAGCCAGUGCUCUCUCUCUCAAUAGAGCCUCGCUACACUCACCUAGGCUAGCGCCCAGAUAUACCUGAGAGGGGGCCGCCCGCCCCGUGGUCAGGUGAGCCGCGAUGCUCCAGCAAAACAACAACAACAACUACCCGUGUCUGGAGCGCUCAGUGCUCCAGCACGGACGCAAGAGCGGCGUGCCCUUCGCCAUCCCCAUCGAGUUUGGCGACAUGUCCCUCAUCAAGACCCUCAGGGCGUGGGCGCGGAGCGGCAUGCCAAGUGCCAAGCCGAAGGGCGGCGCCACCACCACGGCACCUCUCCACCACCAGCCCCACCUGGCAAAGUCGCCGCAGUGCCCACCAGGCAAUGUCUCGUCGUCUGCUCCAGGCAUUGGGAUGGGCAUGGGCAAUGGCACAGGCACAGGCACAGGCACAGGCGUUCCUCUCACCACCCGGUCCACUGCCCAGACUGGACCUGGGAGAACAGCGGUGGUGGGGGGCAGUGGGCAAACGGGCCUGGGGGCGCUAGUUACUGUAGCAACCCUGAAGGCGUCGGAAGGCGGGCGCCAGACACAGACGCGUUGCCUCCUGCUGAAAGCCGAGGGGAGGAACUACGUAUGUGCCGUCACCGGCCCUGGAGGUGUUGGUGGUGGUGGUGGUGGUGGUGGGGGCGGCAACUCCAACAGGUGUCCGGCCGGCACCACGGCCCCUUCCCGUGCUACCCUGGUGGGCAGCUGGCUAAGAGAGACCAUGGUCGGGUCAAAGGACUCCUCCUUCUCCUCCUCCUCCUCCUCCGGAGCUACGAGGGUGGGCCAAGGAGGACCGUGCGACGGGGAGGUGUUUCGAGUGAAGCCCCGGCCGGCUAAGAAGUGGCGAAAGCUGAGCAGCUCCAGCAGCGGCGGCAGUGGCACGCAUGCAGGAAACGCUGACUCGGCUCCUGGCAGCAGUGGCAGCGGCAGACAGGUGCGCGAUGCUAACGGCCUUCAGAAGUUGGAAGAGGGCCAGGAGCAGAAUCAGCAUCCCCACCACCACCAGCAGCAGCAGCAGCAGCAACAGCAUCAGGACCAGGUGCAAGGAGCCAGAGGAGAGGAGUGUGUGAGUGCGCGGCUCAAUAGCGGCGCUCACGGGAAGAAACACGGCAGCCGCGGGACGGGACAGAGGGCCGGCAACGGCAGGACGAAAGAACGCAGCAGAGGAGGAGGUUCAACCAACGCGAGGAGGACACGCGUGUCCAAAAAGGACCGCUUGCACGUGGAGCGGUCAGAUGGCGUGGCGUUGGCAGUGGCGAAGGAGAAUGUGGACAUCACAAACGUCCCUUGUCACGAGAACUGCUCCUGUCCAGCAGAAAGUGACAUUAGCAAGACCUGGAACGACUGUACCACAGAAGCCAGCAGAAACAUCAAUGAGAUCGAGUCCAGCCUUCAAAGCAGCCAUUUCACAGAAGCCGGUAAUAGUAAAAAUGAUGAUGACAACACGCCUACGCACACAAACAACCUAGAAGUUAUUAACAAAGACACCACAGGCUCCGUAGAUAGAACCGGAGACAUUGAUGUCCGUUGCACUAACGAGCAAAAUACAAACGCUGAAGAUACAAAAGAUGCAACAUCGAGAGAUACCGAUCCUGCCGUUGUGGAUGGCGGUCUGACAAGCAACACGUGGGUCAGUACCUUGAGCCCCGACAGGCACCAUUGCACAGAGCUGGGCCUGGAGAAACAGCACUGCUGCUGUAAAGACACAGAUCCUAGUUUCACGCUGGGCAGCAAAGAACCUUUGCCUGAGCCUGUAGUACAGCAGGCCUACAUAGAGAGAGCAUCAGCAGCGGAGGCGGAGGAGGAGAGAGUAGAUAAAGAGGCCCUGGACAGGCAGCCGCCGCCGUCCUUGACAGAUUUACCGCCCCCCGCUGGACACGGCCGCUGCUGCGCUGUCGGAGGGGACUACUGUGACGGCAGCGGUGGUGUUGGUGGAAGAGCAGUAGAGGGACAAGAUGAAGUGGAGAGCACUAAAUCAAAUAUCCUCAGCGCAGCGGCAGAGGCAGUGGCAGCUCCGGAGACGGAGGAGGAGGAGGAGGAGGUGGAGGUGGUGAGUGCGUUUGCCCCCGAGCGACUGCCGGUGACCGUGGAGGACAAAUCUGAGUGGAAUGCAGACGGCGGGGUUCAGGCAUCAGCAGCAGCAGCAGCAGCAGCAGCAGCAAAGGAUUAUGGGAAUGAAGGCCAGGGCUGCGGCUCAGGCUCAGGCAACGGCUCAGAAAAGGCUCCCAGCACCUUAACUCUUGCAGAGGAAAUAGAAGAAGUGGAGGAGGAAGGAAGAGAAGAAAGAGAGAGAGGAGAAGAAGGAGGAGGUAGAGGAGGAAUCGGUGAAGAACAGAGGGACUUGUGGAUUAGAUCGACCGAUAAUAACCCUCGGACACCUCCCGCACUGAGCAGUCUGAAAGAGAGCAGUAGCAGCACCCCCACCACCGUGACCCCUCCUCCCAGCCCCAAGGCUCCCACAGUGAGCAGUUCAACACAGUGCAGCAGUGCUACCCUCACCCUCACCCUCACCCUUCCCCCCUCCACCACCACCUACUCCACCCCCUGCACCUCCACCAAUGCUCCCGCCGCCGCUACUGCUGUCGCACAUGCUUGCCCUAAUCCCACCGCCCCGGACUCCAUGGCAACAGGCCUCCCAGGCCCGCGGAGGGAGCGGGCGGAGGCCAGAGGUGGGGCCAGGACUCUGGAGACUCGGGUGGCCGAGACGGAGGGAGAGGCGGAGGAGGAGGACCAGGAGCAGGCAUGGGCAGGGGCAGAGGCAGGGGCCGAAGUUAAAGACUCCAAGGACUGGUCUGGACUCCACUCUGAGGUAGACGGAGAGAAAAAGGAUCAUUUCGAGGCUAAGGAAGCUGAGUGCUGGUCCACUGGGGAAGAGGGGGGAGAGGACUGGGCAGUGGUAGAGGCUGGGGUCACGGCUACAGAAGCUACAGACUGGUUCUCUGGGGGGGAGGGGGAGAACCAGGCCAAGGUGGAGGGCAGGGCUGAAGGUAAACAAGCCCAGGGCUGGUCUGGGGCAGAAGAAGAGUGGGCCGAGGCGGGGGCCACAUCUAAAGAAGCUAACUGCUGGACUGCGGAGCAAGAAGGAGAGGUGGAGGAGGAGGCAGAGUCCAAAGAGGCCAAAGCUACAGCGACCGAGGCCGAUAUUGAGGCACUGAGUGUGGGGCAAAAGCAGCCACCACCACCACCACCAGGGCACCACCUGGAGGCUGAGAACCACACAGCAGACACAGUGGCCUCAAACGGACAGAUCGUGGAGGGUGGAGGAAGAGGAGGAGGAGCAGGAGGAGGAAGAGAAAGGCAUGAAGGUGAUGAGGAAAAAGAAGAUGAGGAGGAGGAUGAAGAUGAGUUCGGAGGGUUCAUGCAGGCGGGGGAAGAUGGCUUCUCAGAGUUCCACCAAGUGCCUUGUGGGAUUGCGGAGGUCUCUGACAAAAGUGACGCAGCAUCUUGGCAAUCUGAUUGGAUGGCCAGCUCAGCCCACCAAUCAGAUGAGUCGUGGGCUGCCUUCGACCAGGAAGUGGGCGUAGACCAGGCCUGCGGGGCGGAGCUGGCGUCUGGCCAGUGGUGGCCCUGCUCUGCUACUAAAGAUACAGUGGACCACUCCAACACACCAGGGGUCUUUCUGGCAGCCUUCCCACCUGUAGUCAGUGUGACCUUUAACCUCGAUGGAAUUCCAACUCUGAAGCAGCUUCUGCGGGGAGCGGCGGAACAGAAGAGCACCCCUGAGGACCAUGGGGAGAGGACCUUACUGGACGGAUUCCAGGACCUGAAUAAGAUGCUUGGCCUGAAGCACAAGCGCACCGAAUCUCCCUCUUGGAAACACCUGCUGUCAUCCCUACAGGUGGCCCAGCAUCACUCAGCACACCGGAGUGACCUUCCCCAAGGUCAUGGCCUCUCUGCCGGCCACCCAUUGGUCAACCUGCACGCCCCACUGGCCAAUAAGAGGAGGCUCUCCUACGACCUCAACAGGAACCACCUGCUGGCCUGAUGACCUGCAGCCACCAUGCAACCCUGCUUG